GUGUUAAACGCACACAAUAUAUUGUUUAGUUGUAACAAAAUCCGGAUCACUCACACACACUAAAACACACACAAUUGUCAUUCCUGAAUAAUGAUCGUAACCAUAAUAAUAUUAAAAAUUAAAAAUCAUUUCUUCACAAGCUAAGGAAGAGGGAUGAAAACUUUGGCGAGUUCAUAUGAUUUGAAGCUGUUUAUGUGCAGCAAUAAUAAACAACAGAGAGAUACAGCAGUGUUGUGGUGGUCAAGACAAGAACAUGCUUUUGUUCAACAUCAGAAGGUUGGUGCCGGAGAUUGUUGCUCGUUAGCUGUCUCUUUCCGGCGGAGGUGUAUUCAUCCAGUUACUGCUGCUGCUUCUUCUCUUCAGACAAAUUUCGAAAGCGAAGAAAUCGAGACAAUUAACUCUGGUGCAGAUCAUCCUAAAACAAUCCAUGUCAGAUUCAAAUUACACAAGGAGUGCGAAUUCGGACAGCAAUUUCUAAUAGUAGGGGAUGACCCGAUUAUUGGAUUAUGGGAUCCGUCUGAGGGUGUGCCUUUAAAUUGGUCUGAUGGGCAUCUGUGGACUGCAGAAAUGGAUAUUCCAAGUGGCAAAAUGAUGAAGUAUAAGUUCAUUCUGAAGGGAGAUACUGGAAUUAUAUCAUGGCAGACGGGCCCCGAUAGAAUUCUUGAAACAUGGGAUACUGAUAAGACUAUAAUUGUGUUUGAAGACUGGGAUAACCCUGAACUCCAGCACAUAUUUGAAGAAGAUGAUUUGAAUGACGAGACCUUGAUUUAUUCAGAGUUAUUGAUUCUUGAUGAGGAAUUGAAUAACCAUGGAGAGAGGACAUUUGAACCUAUGGUUGCAGAAAAUAUUACCGAGGAAUCGAGGGAACAAGAUUUGAGUUUUGUAAGUGGUGCUGUAAUAACGGGUAUAACUGAUCAGACAAAGGAAGAAGUUGUGUAUGGAAAUGGAAGUAAUUUGUUAAGCUCGAAAGAUGAAGGUGUUCAUGUUCUAGUUCCAGGUUUAAUUCAGAUGGCUGAGGAAGAAAUGGAAGAAACGAAGCUAAAGCCGGUGGUGGAGAAUAACAGUGUUGAGAGCACGACAGCUGAAUUUGACGAAAUUGAGACGAAGAAUUCUUAUUCGUCAGACAUUGCAGCAUGUCCUUCUGAGUUGACAACAACUAUUAUUACACAAAAAGAAGACGAAGAAGAAAAAGAAGAAGCAGAACAAGAAGAAGAUGAAACAAGUGAAUUGAUGAUUAAGGAUGACGAGAAGGGGCGAUUCUGUGAGAGAGAGCAUAUGGAAGAAGAUAACGUAUUGGAAAGUGCUAUGCAAUGGGGUCGACAAACUCUUCAGAAAUUUCUAGCCAACUUCGGUUUUUCGAUGACAUUGUGAGUGAGUGUGUCUUUUAGCCUCAUUUUCAUCCUAGUAUUGUAUGAAAUGCAUCUCCAAUAACUUGUUUGAGAGUAGUUGGUUAGUGGGUGCUGCUUUUAAAUCAUUUGAUUGGUUUUUGGACGUAUGAUAAAAGUUCCUAUUAUAUGAAAGAAAUCGUGUUCGUCGUUGA